UUUCCAUCAGUAGAACAUCUCAGUGAACAGUGUGGUGUCUAUUGAAGCAGGCACGAUGAACCGGGCCAUGAUUCUGUUCGGGCUUCAGCAUAUUAUUAGCUUGCCCUCGUUUCCUCUGUUCUGCGCCUACCUCCUGAUGAUAUUCCUCUCAAAGUUCUGGCAGAAAUGGACAAAACCGCUGAAUCUCAAACCACUGAUGCUCCUUCACAACUUCACGUGCUGCGUGGCCAGCAUGUACACCCUCUACGGCUUCAUCAAGGGGCUCUACGACAGUGACUACAUCUACUCCAGGACCAAGACAGAAGAGCUGAGCUUUGUCUACUGGGUCUACUGGAUGACCAAGAUCAUUGAACUUCUGGACACAGUGUUCAUGGUGCUCCGACAUCGACAACGCCAGAUCUCCUUCCUCCAUGUCUACCACCAUGCCAGCAUGCUGCUAUUCAGUAACAUCGGCUACAAAUACUUCCCCUACCCGAACAUCGCAAUAUUCCUGGUCCUCAACUCUCUGGUGCAUGUGGUGCUGUACUUCUACUAUGGUCUUACUGCUGUCAUGCCAAACAACCCUCCUCGAUGGCGGAAACAGCUGACACAGAUGCAGAUUCUACAGUUCCUUCUUGAUUUUGUACUAGCAAGUUAUGGAUAUAUGUACCAUAAUUUCUGCUAUUAUGGCCUUAUAUAUGGAAUAAGUAUGACAUAUCUGUUUUCUAACUUCUAUUAUCGUGCGUAUGUACGACAGAAGAAACAACCUGAAGACAAGCUAAAGUCUAAUUGAUGUGUGUUGUUAACGCAGGGAUAAAAGUAAAGUAAAUGUUCCCCAUGUUAAAUUGUGCGAGGGGGUGGUCUAAAGUUUUUAAAAGGCAUAUGUUAUCACUUUUCAGGCUGGAAAAGUUUCAAGAUUAAAUUGUAUCAUAAUAGAUGAAUGAUAUCCAACGUAGCCUUUCUAGAAGUCUGACACUGUUGAUAACAAAUGUGGAUCAUUGUGUAGAUGUGUGUGUGUUAUGGUACAAAAGUAAGUCUCGUUUUGUUGAUUAGAGUGUUCCCUUCAUAUAGAAUAGGUAGAUUGUAGCAUGAAUCAGCUAGUUAUAGUUCGGACAACAAAAGACUUGGAUCCUGCUUAUGUUUGAUGAUAGACCAGACAUAUGAAGUGUAUCAGCACCCACUGAUAUACGAUAAACGUUAGGUGCAAGAUUCUCUACCUUUAUCAUCUUGCACUGAUCAAUAUCUCAACCUGUAGACACUUAAGGAUUUAGAUCCUAUUUAUCAAACAUUUCUUAACAAUACUCAUUAUGUAGAUCUGCUGUUAUGGACAACGUUUUAUCUAUAGUUUUUGUUCAUUCAAUCAAACUGUGAAUUUGUUUUUAUCACAUAAGAUCAAACUUAUGGAUCAUUUCUUUACACUGUGCACAUGAGGACAUAAGUAUCUGGCUGAUGUCUGCCUCUCUCAGGUCUCACGGAAGGGACACCCUAUUCAUCCAAUUCUAGUGCACAACUGUCAAAAACAUUGGUAAUAAAUUUGAAACAGUAUGAAAGAAA